UUAUUAGAAGCAUCUACUGACUCGUACGCCUAUAAAUUUAAUUUCUUAAGUAUCUAUUUUGAACAUCCACAACUCAAUCUCUCUCUUUUUUUUCUUUCUCACUUAAUUAGUUCACUGGUCUUGAGGUUUGUUUCCAUACUAGAUUUAUGGGUAGAACUGUCAAGGACUUGACUGAAUCAAAUGACCUUAAAACAGUUCCGUCGGAGUAUGUAUUCCCCACAAAUCCUGAGGAAGUCGAAGAAGCCGAGCAACAGAUUCCCAUAAUUGAUUAUCACCUCCUCACAUCCGGUUCUCCAGAUCAACGGUCACAAAUCAUCGAAAACCUCCGUAUUGCAUGUCUCGAUUGGGGUUUCUUCAUGGUGAUUAAUCAUGGUGUGGCUGAGAGUCUAAUAAAUGAAAUGAUGAAUUUAUGUCUGAGUUUCUUUGAUUUAAGUCCAGAUGAAAAAUCGGACUAUGUUGGAAAAGAUGUUUUGAAUCCGAUCAGAUGUGGAACCAGUUUUAAUACUUCAGUUGAGAAUGUUUACUUUUGGAGAGAUUAUCUCAAGGUUCUUGUACAUCCAGAUUUCCAUGCCCCGCUCAAACCAAAUGCUUUCAGAAAUAUCUCCUAUGAAUAUUGUAAAAGAACAAGAGAAGUAGCUAAGGAAUUGGUUAAUGCUAUAUCAGAGAGUUUAGGGCUUCAAGGAGAUUAUAUUGAGAAGGCAUUAGAAACCAAAUCUGGUUUACAAAUCCUGAUUGUAAAUCUUUAUCCUCCUUGCCCACAGCCAGAACUUGCUAUGGGUAUGCCUCCACAUUCUGAUCAUGGACUUCUCACACUUCUUGCUCAAAACGAAAUCGGUGGAUUGCAAAUCAAACACAAAGGGAAAUGGAUCGUUGCAAAUGCUUUACCAAACUCUUUUAUGGUUAACAUUGGUGAUCACAUGGAGAUAUUAAGCAAUGGGAAAUAUAAGAGCAUUUUACAUCGAGUUGCGGUGAACACUAAGGCUACAAGGGUAACUGUGGUUACUGCAAACGGGCCAUCUUUAGACGCUGUAGUAACUCCGGCCCCAGAUUUAGUCGAUUCCGAGAACUAUACUCCGUUAUAUCGAGGGAUGAAAUAUAGGGAAUAUGUCGAGCUUCAACAGAGCAACCAACUUGAUAGAAAAUCAUGUUUGGAUCGUAUUCGUGUUUAAUAUGUGCUAACAUUUAUGCACACUACAACCAACUAGUAUUCGUGUUUAAUAUGUGCUAACAUUUAUGCAUACUACAACCAACUAGUUAUCCUUGAACCAUGUUCGAAAAUAAACUAUUCCGACCAAGAGCUACUUUUGUACUAUUCUAUAUUUCUGUGUAUUUAAACAAGUCCAUUUCUUAGCCAUGGGCAACAACUUAUUGGGUUGGCUUAUUCUACAGAGUGUGAAUUGUCCGAGAUCACAUCAACUUCUUCAGCAGUAAAGAAAUGCCAAACUACAAUUACCUUCUUGAG